UCUGUCGGCGGCGUGGGGCAGCGGUUGCAGCGGUGGCAGCAGGAGGCGGCAGCCGCGUCGACGUCGCCCAAGACUGGAGCGACGUUUAAAGAAGAAGCCGAAUAGCCGCGGAGUCCGGCCUCUUGUUGUUGGAGGACUCCCACUCAUCGUCGCGGCCUGACGGGGAGAAGUGGCAGCACGGGGAAGCAGGCAUGGAGAGUAGAAAACUGAUUUCUGCUACAGACAUUCAGUACUCUGGCAGUCUGCUAAACUCCUUGAAUGAGCAACGUGGCCAUGGACUCUUCUGUGAUGUUACCGUUAUUGUGGAAGAUCGAAAAUUCCGGGCCCACAGGAAUAUUCUUUCUGCUUCUAGUACUUACUUCCAUCAGCUCUUCUCAGUUGCUGGGCAAGUUGUUGAACUGAGCUUUAUAAGAGCAGAGAUCUUUGCAGAAAUUCUCAAUUAUAUCUAUAGUUCUAAAAUUGUUCGUGUUAGGUCAGAUUUACUUGAUGAGUUAAUUAAAUCAGGGCAGUUGUUAGGAGUUAAAUUUAUAGCAGAGCUUGGUGUCCCAUUGUCACAGGUUAAAAGCAUCUCAGGUACAGCUCAGGAUGGUAAUGCAGAAACCUUACCUCCUGGUUCUAGUGACAAGAACCUUGAAAUACAAAAAUCAAAAGACGAAGCCCAAGAUAAUGGGGCCACUAUAAUGCCUAUUAUAACAGAGUCUUUUUCCUUAUCUGCUGAAGAUUAUGAGACAAAAAAGAUCAUUGUUACUGAUUCAGAUGAUGAUGAUGAUGACGUCAUUUUCUGCUCUGAGAUUCUGCCUGCAAAGGAGACUUUACCAAGUACCAGUGCAGUGGCACAGGUCCAGCCUAACCCAGGCUCUGUUGCUAUUUCAGAUGUCACACCUUGUGCUAGCAAUAACUCUCCCCCUUUAACAAAUAUCACACCUACUCAGAAACUUCCUACUCCUGUGAAUCAGGCAACUCUGAGCCAAACACAAGGAAGUGAAAAAUUGCUGGUAUCUUCAGCCCCGACACAUCUGACUCCUAACAUUAUUUUGUUAAAUCAGACACCACUUACUACACCACCAAAUGUCAGUUCUUCACUUCCAAAUCAUAUGCCUCCUUCAAUCAAUUUACUUGUGCAGAAUCAGCAGACACCAAACAGUGCUGUUUUAACAGGAAACAAGGCCAAUGAAGAGGAGGAGGAGGAAAUUAUAGAUGAUGAUGAUGACACUAUUAGCUCCAGUCCAGAUUCGGCCGUCAGUAAUACAUCUUUGGUCCCACAGGCUGAUAUCCCCCAAAAUACCACUUUUGAUGGAUCACUGAUACAGAAGAUGCAGAUCCCUACACUUCUGCAAGAGCCACUUUCCAAUUCUUUAAAAAUUUCAGAUAUAAUUACUAGAAACACUAAUGAUCCAGGUAUAGAAUCAAAACAUCUAAUGGAGGGUCAGAAGAUCAUUACUUUAGAUACAGCUACUGAAAUUGAAGGCUUGUCGACUGGUUGCAAGGUCUAUGCAAAUAUCGGUGAAGAUACUUAUGACAUAGUGAUCCCUGUCAAAGAUGACCCUGAUGAAGGGGAGGCCAGACUUGAGAAUGAGAUACCAAAAACAUCUAGCAGUGAGACAGCAAACAAACGUAUGAAAGUAAAACAUGAUGAUCACUAUGAGUUAAUAGUAGAUGGAAGGGUCUAUUAUAUCUGUAUUGUAUGCAAAAGGUCAUAUGUCUGUCUGACAAGCUUGCGGAGACAUUUUAACAUUCAUUCUUGGGAAAAGAAGUAUCCUUGCCGUUACUGUGAGAAGGUAUUUCCUCUUGCAGAAUAUCGCACAAAGCAUGAAAUUCAUCACACAGGGGAGCGAAGGUAUCAAUGUUUGGCCUGUGGCAAAUCUUUCAUCAACUAUCAGUUUAUGUCUUCACAUAUAAAGUCAGUUCAUAGUCAAGAUCCUUCUGGAGACUCAAAGCUUUAUCGUUUACAUCCAUGCAGGUCUCUACAGAUCAGACAAUAUGCAUACCUCUCUGAUAGGUCAGGCACUGUGCCUGUAAUGAAGGAUGAUGGUAUUGGGUAUAAGGUUGAUGCUGGGAAAGAACCUCCAGUAGGGACCACAUCCACUCCUCAGAACAAACCAAUGACCUGGGAAGAUAUUUUUAUUCAGCAGGAAAAUGAUUCAAUUUUUAAACAGAAUGUAACAGAUGGUAGUACUGAGUUUGAAUUUAUAAUACCAGAAUCUUAUUGAACUCUUGAAAUAUCAAAGUUUUGGUUUGAAUUAAGGGGCAGGGCUUUCAGAAGACCUAUAAAGCAAAUUAAGGAAUUUGAUCUGUCAUGUCAUCUGAAGGUAGUUUAGUUGGGUUAUUUGUUGAUAAUUUUUAGAAGCAAAUUAUUCUGAAAGUUUAAGUAGAGGUUGAAAAGUCCCCCCCCCACCCAGGUAUCUGUUUAUAUAGUUAGCUUUCAGCUCAUUUAAGAGGCAAAAAAAAGGCUUGGAGAGAUAGUUUCCUGAAUAGAAUUUGAAGCAGUCUGAAUGUUCUUUGAAAAUAACUGGAGUUAUUAGCAUACCCUAGUAUAUCUUAAAAGUUUCCCCUUCUAUGUUAGCACUUUACUGCUGAAUUCUCAGUUUUCUUAAUAUUGAGACUAUAAAUGUGUCAUGUCUCGUAGAUGGCAUAAAAUGUAAACACGAACUUCUAAAGUUGUUCUGGAAAAUUUCAAAAUAAGCCUCCGUGUGGUUGUGUAUUCCACUAGGCCAAAUGGAUAGCAACCUCCUGCCUCCCCCCAUGAAAAUGGCCAUGCAGACAAGUCUCAUCUCAAGAAUUAGGUUUAGCUAAUUAGAAUUAAAUCUUGCUUUUAUUGUCAUAGUAUGGAAAAGAAUGGUGGCUGAGGCUAGGGUAUAUAUACCUUUGCUAUGUGGUCUUUGUGGGCAAAAAGACUAAUCUCUGUAAUGCAGACAAGAGGAGAUGAAAAGUUCUGUUUCAGUGUUUUUGAAUUUUUGCUCUUACAUAGAGACAGAGAGUGUAAGUGAAUGGAGAUUGCCUUUUUGCUCAUUAUGCUUAAAAAUAGUCCCAUGAAAAUUUUCAAAUUUUGAAUCUGUAAGCCACCAAAAUAAAUCUUUAAUUCAAUAUGAAUCUUUAUACAUGAUAGAUCGCAGAAAUGAGACUCCUGCAUAUUUUGGGUGGGAGGCUACUGGCAUAUAUUUUUCAGUGUUCAUAUUACUUAGAAACUAUAAUAGGAAGUUUUCAUUUGAAAUAGUUGAAUCAGUGAUCUAGUAUUUUCCUUUCAGCAGGACCUUCUAAAAUAAAUUCCAUUCCAUCUACAAAUUGCUGCAAUAUUAUAGCAAUCAGACUAUAUAUGGAAUGUAAUAUAGGCUUGUUGAUUCCCAUUUAUUUUGAGAACAGUACCACCUUCCUUCCUUUUAAAAUGACACAUAUUUAAACACUUAGAAAAUAAAGUAAAAACUUAUUGAAGUGCUAGAACUAAAAGGAAGCAGGUUGGAAAAUAUAGCCUAGCAUUUAUAACAGGAUUAACUUGUUGAACUCCUUCUGUAAAUGACUUUGCAAAGGAAAAAAUUUAAUAGAUACUGAAAAAGAUUGUUGUGCAUAGUUAUUAGUCAUGUGUAACUUUGCUUAAGUAUUGCUUAAUUCAACAUAGGUAUUUUCUUUCUCCUUAACCAUGUAUUUUUAAAAAUAGUCUAUUUCUUGACCUUGAACUUAAAGCUUUAAUCGUAAUUUCUCAUAUAUACAUCAUUCUUCUGAUGGUAAGCUGGAUUUGAAGAUGAUGGUUUCAGUGUUUCUUAAGUUGAUAUCUGAGGGUAUCAUGCAUCAGUAUUUUCAAAAAUACAAGGAGAAGAAAAAAAUGAUCCUUUUCUUGCCGAGGACUAGAAUGAUGUGCAUCUGUUUUCUGUUCUGUGAGUCUAGACCUUCAAAAACAAUUUUAUAAACUAAUCCUUGGAAAAUUUUAAAUUACCUUAUAACUUAAGACUCAGUGACUUCUGGACUCACAAUGUGUUUCCUUUCUGUGUAGAUAUUGAUAGCAUUACUCUUUGGCUAUAGGGUGCAUUCUGAAAUAUUUUCCAUGGAAAUUUGAGUUUCAUUAAUGCUAUUUCACCAGUUAGACAUAAUUCCACAAGUGUGAAUGAUACUGAUGCCAGCAGAGCUUCCAGACCUUUCAGACUUAACUUCUAGGUAAAUUAAUUUGUCAUCAUAAAACUUGGUAGUUUCUACAAGGCUUGUAUGACAAACCAGGAAUUCUAUAAUGGAAAACUAUCCAGUCUGAGUAAUAUGGGUAUAAUUUUUUGCUGCUGCUGUGCUUUAUGUAAAUCCUGAGUAUGAAAUUGAAACUGUGCCUACUGAAGGUAUCUUCUGGAGUUUGGGGGGAGAAGGAAAACUGGAAAAUUAAAUUGUAUUUUUGCCAGGAGACUCUUAAUUGCAUGUAUGUCAGGGUCUUCAGUUUUUCUAGAAGUUUCUAUAUUCAAAGUUUGGAAUUCAUGUGGAAUAUUCCUUUGGGGCUAAUACCCUUUACUCCCAGUUUAUUUAUUGGGUUGAAACUCUGCAGCAAGACACUGCUUAAAACUUAUCAUGGGGUUUUCCUAUGUUAUACUUAGUUUUCUGGCUAUUGAAUUUCACUUUUUCUUUCAGGUUGGCUUCAGGUUUGCUCAUAUGAUAGAUUACCUGUAAAUAUUCUGGAUAGGAACUGUUUGAAAUAGCAAUUUGUUAAAAGAGAUGACAAAGUGAAACUUCUCAAACCAAGCAAAGAUUUCUAAAUGCCAUAGCAAUCCUGCAAGAUUCACUUUAAAAUAUAUUUUAAAUGAUCAUUAUCAUUUUGGUGGUAAUGAUUCCCCACGUGCAACUACUAUGAGGAAUUGAUGCUGCAUUUUUUCCUAUUGUACCAAAAACAUAAAACAAAUGGUAAAAAAGACCCAACAUAUUUUGUAUGGUCAAGGCAUGCAUAUUCUAAGAAUUAAUUGCUAAUUCAACAGCACUGGCUUCCUCAUCUCUGUCAAUCAUAUGAAACCAAGUUCAUUUCCACCUAAUGCUGUAAUAUUCAUACUUGUACAAUCUUCCCUGUCAUGACUUUAAGUUCCACUUUUCAUUAACUGUUACCUGAUAUUAGUUCGUAGAGCUUCAUACAGCAAAAAUAAAAUGUUUUAAUUCUGAUUUUUGAGUGCACUUUUUACAAGAUUAUCUUUCAGAAAUUAUAUAGACCUUUGUAUUCUGUUUUUCAAUUUUCAUAGCAGAAGACUGAAGCUAUAUUUCUGAUGAUAGCAUGACAACAUUUUCCAUUAGGUUUAUAUGUUGGUUAUUUGCAUGCCCAGUGCAUCUUGAAUCCUAAUAGAAGUAAGUCAGCUGCUGUCAGUCACUUUAGAGCAGUGGUUUUCAACUUUUUUCAUCUCGGGGAACACAUAAACUAAUUACUAAAAUUUUAUGGCACACCAAAAAAUAUAC